UAUUGGGUAGGCAGAGUUUUGGGUAGAGGUGCACUGAGCUGUGUUUUUAGAGGGAGAGUUGGGUUUUUGAGGACCACGGUAGCGAUUAAGCGGCUGGAUAAGGAGGACAAGGAGUCUUCAAAGGCAUUUUGUAGAGAACUGAUGAUUGCUAGUUCACUCCAUAACCCAAAUAUUGUCCCUCUUGUGGGUUUUUGUAUUGAUCCUGAAGAAGGUUUGUUUUUGGUCUACAAAUAUGUAUCCGGUGGAAGCUUAGAGCGGUAUUUGCAUGAGAGGAAGAGGGGAGUGAAGGGUGGUCCAUCACUACCAUGGUCUGUGAGGUAUAAGGUAGCCGUUGGAAUUGGAGAGGCAAUCGGAUAUUUGCACAAUGGAACCGAUAGAUGUGUUGUUCACAGAGACAUUAAACCCUCUAACAUACUCUUAUCUUCGAAUAAAACACCAAAGGUAUGUGACUUUGGAUUAGCGACAUGGACCCCUGCACCUUCGAUACCUUUCCUUUGUAAAACUGUGAAAGGAACAUUUGGUUACUUGGCCCCAGAAUAUUUCCAGCACGGGAAAGUAUCUGAUAAAACCGAUGUUUAUGCUUUUGGGGUUGUCCUCUUGGAACUGAUAAGUGGACGGAAGCCAAUCGAAGCAAAGAGGGGACCAGGGGAAGAAAACUUGGUUGUGUGGGUAUGUCAAUGUUUUAAUUUUGACUUAAUCAUCUUCAGUUCUAUUAAGUUUCUGACAGUUGAAUCAGUGGUCCCCUAUUGCCUUACAGUAAAGAAAAGUGGUUCUCGCUACGGAUAAGUUUGACAAUAACAAUAAUGUCCAGAACAUAUAGUUUAAAUCACAGGACAAUAUGAUAUAUCAAAGCUGCUAAUGAUAUAUUUCAAUCAGUUUUCUGCGGCAAUAUGGUUCUAUGCUAUAGUUUUGUUACAUUUUUGUGGCUUCGUGGAAGUAGAUGGAAAUGUUUUCUUUGUAUGAAUCAAAUUAGAUUGCUUACUUGAAAAAU